UUUCAGGUGAUCUUGAUGAGUGGUAUCAGUAGCCAUGCUCUGGAGGAGCUGUGUUCUGAUAAAAGUUCUGACAGGAUACCCCAUCUUAAUAUUAUCCCGAGGUUUGCAAUUCUCAGGAAAGAUUGUUCCUUCAUGGCAAUUGGAGGCCCGUGGAAUGCAGCUCAGGAUGGUGGAGAUCCCUUGGUUGAUGAUUCCUCCUUGGUUCAGUCAGCUCUUAGACAUGUGAAAGAUUUAACCCAACUUGAUCUGCGAGAUUCCCAGCACUGGAAUCGGUUUCUUGAGGCAGGAAAUGAUGAAGAUGUAGCUGAUCUGCAAGGCAAGCAUGACAAGGAGACAACUGAUGGCAUAAAGAAAAUGGAGGAACCCACAGAUGAAGUAAAGAGUGAAGAUAAAACAGCUGAGACAAAUGAGCAAUGAUCAAGUGGCUGAGUCAGAGAAGUCUGAUGCUGCCGCAAAGGAGUCGGUUGUUGAUAAAGAACUAUUACAGGUGUGUAACUGAACCGCAUCUCUGCUUAUCUAAUCAAACAUCAAGCUCAAAAAACAUUUCCAGCAAUUCUGAGAUGGGCUUUUUAAACUUGGAACGGGCAUUUAGAUUCUUCCACAGGAACUGGGUGGGCUACAU